GUGCACUGUGUCCCUCGGACACAGCGGAUCACCUAUCCAUGGAAAGAGCCGAAGAUGUCGGCUCGGUCAUGUGAUCAGCUGUGUCCAAUCACAGCUGAUCACAUGGCACUGAUGAUCAGUGUGCCCUGAUGAUCAGUGUGGCCCCAGAAGUGCCACCUGUCAGUGUCCAUCAGUGCCAGCUGUCAGUGCUGAACAGUGCCACGUGCCAGUGCCCAUCAGUGCCACAUCAAUGCCACAUAUCAGUGCCAUCUGAGCUGCCCUUCAGUGCCACCCAUCAAUGCCAAUCCGUGCUGCCAAUCAGUGCCGCCUAUUAGCGCGCAUCAGUGCCGCCUAUCAGUGCCAGUCAGUGCCGCCUAUCAGUGCUAGUCAGUGC